UUUGAAUUUAUUUACGAUAGAUAGUUCUUGGUAUACAUAUGUCGCAUCAUGGAUUUUGUCAAAGGUAGAACUCAUACUGAAAUUGGACUGCAACAUUUGGAUUAUGGACAUGUGAUUAUUGGUGGAGGCUUCGUCGUUUCACCGUUCAGCAUAUUAAAAAACUUUCAAUUUUCGAGAAGUUUGUCUUUUGACGUUUAUCAUGAAUUGAUGAAUAAAAACGGUCUCCACCAAAGUUUGAUGGCAUUCAUGAGAUGGCAACAAAUGGAAUAUCUUCCUUCUUAUUAUGAAGGGGAUUCUGGCGCGAUCCCGAGAUAUAGAGCAUUCGUGAAACGCCCUUAUCGUUUAUUUCACUACAAUUUGCCUAUUGGGAAAACAUCCCUCAAUUUUGAAAAUGUCAUGGUGGAUAUGGUCACUAAAAAACCAGUGGUUUGUGCUACUGGGAUGUUUGUUAAUAUUGACCCAGAAAAACGAAGGCCAGCUCCAUUUCCAAAAUGUCUACAAGAUCAUUAUACUGAGGAAAAUUGUGAGAAGGUUCCAUUUAAUUACCAAAAAAUGGAACCAAAAUGCUCUGUUAAAUACGAUAAGCCUCAAAAUGUUGUGUCGCACACCCUAACGAGCAAGGUUGUUAGUCGACUGGUGGAUUCAUAUAAACACAUGAAUGACUGUUCUUAUGUUAUUCUUUGUUUUGAUUGCCUUUCUGAUGCAAUUUUCAGCAAUGUUUUCUUGUUAAAGGGUUCGAUUAUGGAUUAUAGAAUCCGUCGUGUGUCUUUGCUUUAUCUAAAAGAAUGUGUAUUGGGUGAUAUCAUCAACACAGUAGUUUGGCAAAGUGAGCAAAGUAAAUGGCAGUUUAAGUUUCAUGUCAUGAAAAAUGAUGAAGUCCUCUGCCAGGCUGAAAUAGAACUUUUCACAAAUGAUUUCACUUUUAAAUUAUAAUUAUUUAAGUUCAAUUUUAAUUAUUCAAUUACAGUGUUCACAAUUUCGAGCAAUGAAAUUAAUUUUUGUCUAUGAUCACUGCUGCCACCUAGAGAGCAAAUCUUAAGCAAUCGAGCCAUAUUUGCAGGGAUGUGCGGUCCUUGUCAUCUUCAGCACCCAACCUUAAAAUUCUUAUGGACAAAGGGAUACCUUUUUUUUUUUCAAAAAGAACACUAGGGCUUACUUUGGGGGGUGUUUUUUAUUACAAAGUAGAGGAUUACGAGAUAUUGAAAUAAACAAAAUAUGAAAACUGAUAUCCUUUUACUUAUAAAUAACGGUUCCAUUACAUUUAAACCCACGUACAUUUGAACCCAUGACAAUUGCACCUGCAUACUAUUGCACCUAUGGA